AUGGAGCCGAAGGAGACUGGCUCCGACUCUAGUGCAGCCGUUCAGACAUCAGCUGCUAGUACCUCCAGUACCAGCAGCAACACUGGCACUGACGGCAGCGACAGCGGCCACACACCGCCACCUGCGAAGCCGCAUUUUCACCACAAGCAGGCCAGGCCCAAGACCAGCAGCUGGACCACCCUCAGCGCCAUUAGCUCUUCAUCGUUAAGCAGUGGCAGUAGCAGCAGCGGCAGCGCUAGUGAUGCCAGUGGCAGCAGCAGCGCUAGUGAUGCCAGUGGCAGCAGCAGCAGCGGCAGCGCUAGUGAUGCCAGUGGCAGCAGCAGCAGCGCUAGUGAUGCCAGCGGCAGCAGCAGCAGCAGCGCUAGUGAUGCCAGUGGCAGCAGCAGCAGCGGCAGCGCUAGUGAUGCCAGUGGCAGCAGCAGCAGCGCUAGUGAUGUCAGCGGCAGCAGCAGCAGCGCUAGUGAUGUCAGCGGCAGCAGCAGCAGCAGCAGCGCUAGUGAUGCCAGUGGCAGCAGCAGCAGCGGCAGCGCUAGUGAUGCCAGUGGCAGCAGCAGCAGCGCUAGUGAUGUCAGCGGCAGCAGCAGCAGCAGCAGCGCUAGUGAUGCCAGUGGCAGCAGCAGCAGCAGCAGCGCUAGUGAUGCCAGUGGCAGCAGUAGUGGUAGCAGCGGUAGCAGCAGUAGUAGUGGCAGCAGCGACACCAGCAGCAGUGCCAGUAGUAGCUCGCCAGCCAGCUCCUCUGAGGAUGAGGCCGGAAAGGCGGCAGCAUCCCUGAGUUCGGCUACUGCCAGCACAAGCACAUUUGGUAGCAGUAGCACCAGCGCCAGCAUGUCUACAUCCGACACACUUCAGUCCAGAAGUGUAUCAUCCAGCUCCAAUACCGGCAAUACCGGCAAUACCGGCAUGUCACACACUUCAAAAAAACGUCGCAGGACUGAGACGUCGUCCAUUCGAAGCACCUUUGAGUUAUCUGCUACCGACGAUGCUCCGGCGCCAGCGGCAAAGCGUGUCCGCAUGGCACCCACCGUAUCACCAGCAACAGCAGCGGCGGCAGCAUUGGCGGCGGUGGAAGCUUUGUUGGUGGCGGAAGAAUUGGUGGCGGCGGAAGCAUUGGUGCCGGCGGAAGCAUUGGCGGCGGAAGCAUCGGCGGCGGAAGCAUCGGCGGCGGCCUGGGGUGACCAGGCCAUGGAUUGCACGCCAGUACGGUGCCAGACCGGGCGCAAACGCCGCAGUCGGUUGGGCGGCACGGUGCUGGAGAAGUUGCUGAAUUCUGAUAGCAAUGGCAAUGAUGGGGAUGAUGAAAAUGAAGAUGAGGAUGAUGAAAAUGACGAUGAGGAGGAGGAAGAGGAGCAGAAUGGGGAGGGUAGUGAUUCAACAUCUGCUUCACCAUGCGAUGCCGACUCUGAGAUGUAGCUACUCGACAGUCUAUAGACACUGCUCCAGUGGACAGUAAUGAUCUGCCACUGGUGUGUGUGUGUGUGUGUGUGUGUGUGUGUGUGUGUGUGCGUGCGUGUGCGUGCGUGUGUGUAAAUGUGUGUGUGUGUGCAUGUGUGUUGCAGGCAUGUUAGUGUUGAGAACUGCACAAACGCCUGCCAUGCACCCUGGUCGUCUUGUCACCGGUCACACAAUGUAAAUCUAGAAACCAAAUCUUGCUGCAACUGGCACCUGUGGGUGCGCUCUGUAAAUUCAAGGCUAUCAAUUUACCCACCAGUGAGCCAUUUUGGUGCAGUGCUGGACCGCAUGCAGUCACAUGCUAUGGCCGAGAGUUCAGGGAAGGACGUGCCCGAGGAAAUACAGGACAGCGAUGCAUUGCUACGUUUCUUGGCUAGGCGGCGGGCGAUUCGGAAGGAGUUGGAAUGCCAGCAGUGUGAAUGCUCUGCAAACCUGCAGCAAAAUUAAUCCAGCUGCGUCGGCAGCUAUCGCUGGGAGUCGCCUGAGUACAGGUGUUGGUGGUCCGUGUGAACUGGAUCAAGCCUUUUGAAGAAUUCAAGAAGUGCCAUGGAGAUUGUGUCCAGUUUCUACUCCCUCCUUGGCUUGCGAACGCCGCUAAAAAACUAGUUCGUCUCGACACUAGAGGUCAUCCGAUAUACGAGACUUUCUAAAGUGGGUGCUGGCAACGAGCUGUAACUGGCUAGAAAGUGGUUUACGACUUGGUGAUGCUUAUCCAAUGUUUGUGGAUAUUUGCGUGCCGGAUGAGCCCGGAUCUGCGAUCUGUAUAGCCGUCGAGGGAACUACUCGAUUGGCAGUGGCACAGGCAGCACAUUCAGUGGCCUCUUUGCAUAAGUUUUUGGGGAAAAUGGUCUGCCCCAGGAGCCGAGAUAUUUUCAAACAUUCCUCCAUCGCCAGUUCUCUCAUCAGAAGCCCUACACGUGCCUAUGUACGUGUGAAUGUGGGGAACCAACCUUCAGUAUCAGCAAAGUUCAAAGAACACUUUGAUGCCAUUGCCAGUUUUGUCGACGACCUUUACGAAACCCACACACAAGACUUCUAGAAUUGAAAACAAAAGGACUGGACUUUGGUGAUUCCGCUAAAGUUCAGUCGUUGGAACAGUGCUUCACAAAAUUUGCAAACAAGAGCCCUAUCAGCUAUAGCCUAGGCCUACUGAAUGCUUCCUCAGCUGUGUGCGUGACAAAGCCCCAUACCCAACCUAACCGGUAACUGGUGAAUUGGUUUAGUUGAAAAUGUCAGAUGUUUUUUUAUCGUGUAUCCAUGCACCUAGUUACCCAUAUUGUACACAAAAAAACGCUGGCAAUCGUUUCGAUCACUUGUCUUUCUUUGUGUGGGAUUAGCAUCAUUCCCUCAUUGUUGAUGACCUGAGGUGUAACAUGGUCAUAAACGUUUAGCUCGCACUAACAGCUACAUGUACAUAAUAUACACACGACAUAAAGUGCUGUACUUUCGUUUCACUACAGUUUUGUUUUGUUGAGUUUUGUUUGUGAUUGACCCGUGUAUUGUUAACCGGCUUUGUCUCCAUGGAUGCUGUAAUAUUGGCUCGUCUUCAGCUUGAAACACACACUCCUCUCCUUCUC